AUGAAUGGCUUCCUCUUCCUCCUACUCACUAUCAGCCUCCUGGUCAUGAUUCAGAUACCAACUGGAGUUUUGGGAAACCAGACUACUGCCGCCAGCACCACCACCACCACCACCAAGACCGUCACCUCCACCAAAGCCAAACCUACCAAAAUCAAACCACGCAAAAGUGGGGUUCCAGCUCUCAGCAACAUGGGUGGUGGCACUUUUGUUUUCUUCUUGACCACCACCCUUAUCCACCUCUUUUACCUCAGCUGA